AUGCAAGCUAUCAAUCAGCAGCAGGAUGCAGAGAAACUUAAAGAGGAGGCGGAGCAGACCAUGUCUCAGUAUCAGCAGGAAAUUCAGGUGCGUCAGAAUGAGGCAUCUCGGGAAGCUCGUAAGAAAGAGAAGCUGGAGAAGGACCUGAAAAAUGUGCAGUCCGAGCUGGACAAUAAGCAGUCCGAGAUCAAAUCUUUACAGCAAACGUUACAGAAGAACAAGGAGGAACUUCAGAAACUGGAACAGCAGCUCAAAGAAACAAAGAUCCUGAAUGAGAGAGUCACCAAAGAACUGGAGCAAUUCCAGAUCAGGAACACCAAGCUCCAUCAGGAGAACGAGCAGCACGGCAUCACCAAUGAGCUGCUCACCCAGGAGAACCAGCAGAAGCAGCUAGAAUUAAAGUCUAGAGAAGAUGAAGUCAGCCAGAUGAGGCAGGAGAUCUCCAAACUUUCCAGAGCCAGAGAGUCCAUACAAAGGAAGUACAGACAGAUGGAGGAACAGAAGAUCGAGGUGGAGCAACAGAGGGAGACCCUGAAAAAUCAAAUUACUGGACUUGAAAGAGAGAUGGAGUCUGCAAAAAAACAAGCUGAGCUAGAUAAGAAGGCAGUGGACGAGCUGGUGAGAGAGAGGGACAUGCUGAAUAAGAAUCUUCUGAAAGCAUCUGGUGCCACUCAGAAGCAGCUCAACUUAGUGAAACUCCAUGAGCAAUCCAAAAAAAACCUGGAGGAAGAAAUCACUAAUUAUAAAGAAGAGGCCCAAAAACAGCGGAAGCUCAUCUAUCAGCUGGAGAAGGAGAGGGACCGCUACAUCAAUGAAGCCAGCGAGUUGACACAGAAGGUUCUCCAGCACAUGGAGGAUAUUAAAGUUCGGGAAAUGCAGAUCUUUGACUAUAAAAAGAAGAUAGCAGAGGCAGAAACUAAGUUGAAACAACAGCAGAACUUGUAUGAAGCUGUGAGAUCAGACCGCAAUCUGUACAGCAAAAAUCUCAUUGAAGCUCAG